AUGAAAUCAGUUACAAUCAGACUGACCACCGUGUCUCCUCAUGAAGCCAACCAAGUUCCAGUACCUUCAACUGUAAGUCCUAUUCCAGUUUCUUCUGUAAUCAGUAUUAUUAUGGGAAAAAUGGUUUCAAGUGGUCAUUUGAAGAACCUUUACAGAUCGAGUCGUACAGCAAGUCAUAAUAUUGUUGAUAUUCCUCGACAACAGCCCAAAACAUUUAUUGAUUCGGAAUCUUUAUGGCUUGAGUUAUUCGACACUACUAUGAUUGAUACGAUUGUUACCUGCACUAAUCAAAAAUUAUCAGAAAUUCGCAUGAAGUAUAAAAACCCAAAUAAAAUUGAACUAAGACCUACCGAUCGUGAGGAAAUGAAAGCUUUUCUGGGAUUAUUAUUUUAUACCUCAGUCUUCAAAUCGAAUCACGAAAACACUAAAUACAUUUUUGCUAGUGAUGGUUCUGGACAUGAAAUUUUUCGUUGCGUCAUGUCUCAGUUUAGAUUUCUCACCCUCUUGAACUACAUUCGUUUUGAUGACAGUAACACUAGAUCGCAACGCCUCGAAACGGACCCAUUGGCUGCAAUUUCAGAAAUUUUUCAACUGUUUAUUGCAAAUUGCAAGAAGGCAUAUCCUCCCGGUGCUUAUUUAUGUGUAGAUGAAAUGUUAGUUCCAUUUAGAGGCAGAUGCAAAUUUCUUAUUUAUAUGCCGAAGAAGCCGGCCAAGUAUGGUCUGAAGAUUUUAGUAGUAUGUGAUGCAGUAUCUUUUUAUGUGUAUAAUGCAUACAUUUACCAUGGAAAAAACUCCGACGGGCUGGGACUAACCGAAACUGAGAGAAAGCUCGCCAUACCAACUCAGUCUGUAUUACGAUUGUGUAAGGAUUUUGAAAAAACCAAUCGCAAUAUUACAGCCGACAAUUGGUUUAGCUCUAUAGAACUGAUGGAGCAGUUGAAAGAUAGAAGUCUGACGUAUCUUGGAACUUUGAAAAAAAAUAAAAGGCACAUUUCACCAGAGUUUCAAGCAUCUAAAACUCGCCAGCCUGAAUCAUCUUUACACGGUUUUACUAAAGGUUUCACUAUUGUUUCAUAUGUCCCUAAAAAAGCAAAAUCAGUAAUAUUGAUUUCUUCAAAGCAUCAUAGAAAGCAAUUGGAUUCACUAUCAAAAAAGCCGGAUAUCAUAAUAGAUUAUAAUAAAACAAAAGGGGGUGUCGAUGAAAUCGAUAAAAAGUGUUCCAAUUAUUCGUCAAAUCGUAGAACCAGACGUUGGCCUCUCGCGAUUUUUUUUAGAGACUUGGAUAUGAGUGGAGUCAACGCCUAUGCUCUAUACUAG